AUGGCUGUUCCAGGACCCCCUCCACUUCUCCUGCCGCCACUGCUGCUGCUGCUGAGCCUGGCGGCUCUGCCUGCAGCUGCAUACACACUGACCCCCGGACGACAGCCCCAGCACAAAGUCCUCCACCUGGACUGGCCUAAGGAUUGCGGCAUGGCCUACUUCAAGCCCAACAUGGCUGAAAGGAUUGUGUCAGGGAAUGAGGCCCGACCUCACUCCUGGCCAUGGCAGGUCUCAUUACAGGUUCGUCCCAGGGGCAGUAAACACUAUAUACAUGUCUGCGGAGGAACUCUCAUUCACAAAAACUGGGUCCUUACUGCUGCUCACUGUUUCCAAAAAGGUAAAGCCGAGGAUUCUGGGAGCUGGAGGAUUGUCCUGGGGAAGCACCAACUUAAGCGAUCAGAGACGGCCGAGAGGAUUUUCCCCGUGAAGCGAAUCUACCGUCAUGAGCAUUUCCGUUACCCCACUCACAGCGAGCUGGACUACGACAUCGCCCUGGUGAAAGCUGGCACAGACAUCCUGCCCUCCAACUUCAUCCGCUACGCCUGCCUGCCGCGCAAGCAGACCAGCCUCAAGCCAGGGCACUACUGCUGGGUAACAGGCUGGGGGGACACCCGGGGUGGUAAGGAGAACGUUUCUCUGGCUGAGGCUCUGAAUCAAGCUCGCCUGCCAAUUAUUGACUUCAAGACGUGCCGGCAAAAGAAGUUCUGGGGCGACCGGGUCCGAGACUCCAUGAUCUGUGCCGGGUUCAGAGACACCGAGGGUCCACCCGCUGCAUGUCAGGGUGACUCGGGUGGUCCUCUGCUGUGCCAGCUGGGACGAGACCGCUGGGAAGUGCACGGCGUGGUGAGCUUUGGUCCAAUCGGCUGCACUGUGGAAAACAAGCCCAGCGUAUUCACCCGCACUGCUGCCUACAUCCCCUGGAUCGAGGCAACGCGCAUCAGGGACUUCUUCCUGCACUGA